AAUGAAAUGAGUCAAGUUUAUAAAGUUUUUGUAAACACCAUGCAUUAGUUGUUUAACCACUAAACGAAGAAGAAGUCAUUCCAAUUUGUUUUAGCCGGUGUUCUAAUAGUAUUGACUUACGUUCUAAUGAGUAAUGCACAAGGUCAAGGUAAUGGUGGCAGAGCCGGUUCCUGGUCCAGCGCUAGCAGCCAAUCUGGACAACCAGGUGCUCCAGGUAACAGCCAAUUUAGUUAUGGUUAUUGUGGUAUAGAUGCUAAUGGUAUGCCCUAUGGGGGAGCUAGCGGUAAUGGUGGCUAUCAUGUUAAUAUAACCGAUGAGCAUGGUCGCCAGCAUACAUACAGUGGUGGCCAAGGCGGUUUUGGACAACAUCCUGGUCAGUCAGGACAACCAGGUUCUAUGGGUACACAUAGUUAUACUGGCACCAAUACAAAUGGUGGUGGCUAUCAAAACUCUUCGUCAUCAUCUGCCUACGCUUCAUCUUGGAGUAGUUUUUAAGUUAUUUGUUUGUUUGUUUUCAUUGUUUUUAAUUAUUAAUCUUAGACAUUUGAAUUUCGCAAUGAAGUGUAAAUUUAAAUCAUUAUAUUACUCAUUAUGUUUUAAGUAAGUACUCGUUUCUGUAACUUUGUCUUUAAUAAAACAAAUAUAAAGGAAAUAAUUAGGUAACUGUUGGCAUAAAAUAGUA